AGUCUGCCCAUGUUUGACCACAUCCGCCAAGCAAAAACCCAAUAAAUUAAUGCCAAAAAAAGUAAUAAAUAGCACAAGUGGCAAGCCCAGUAUAUCUCUCCAAUACUGAUACUAAUGAUAAUAAUAAUCGAAGACCUUUCCAUCUUUUUGUUCCGAAGUUUCCUGAGCCAAUCCAAUUUAUUUUUCCCCCUUGAGAUCUUUUCUCCCACACACGCCCUCUCCCUCUCUCUCUUUUGGGAAUCUCGAGUUUUCAACGCGGAUUGGCCAACCCACUUCCUUCCUUCCACCACCAACCUCCCCUACGUCUACGUUCACCAACUCGCCGGGAGGUGGCCUGGUUUUCCCUCUCGUGUUCUCGGUAGAUCGGCCAUAUUUACUUCCCAUUUUCUCAAUUGUCGGUCUGGUUUAUUUUCCUGGGACAAAUCUCAGGGUCGUGGGGAGGGGGGGGGGAGGGAGAGAGAGAGAGGAGCGAAGAUGGCGAAUUGGGAGCUCAAGCACUGCUGCGAUCACGAUCAGGUCGUCUUCAUCGCAACCAUCAGCGUCUUCACCGUCGUCAUCCUCGCCAAACCCCCUUUACCCCCUUUCCUACUCAAUAAAGCCUAAAGGACACUGCUGAAGUCGGUUCAACUGAACUUUUUACUAAAGUUUGUCUAUUUUCUGCGUUGGAGACCUAUAAAGUUGUGGAGGACGAUUUUGCUGACUCCUUUCAAGCUCAUCACCGUAUUUCUCCACGAGACCAGCCAUGCUCUUGCGUGCAAACUGACAUGUGGGCAGGUGGAGGGUAUGCAGGUUCAUGCCAAUGAGGGUGGGGUCACGCAAACCCGUGGUGGCAUCUACUGGUUAAUUUUGCCUGCUGGAUAUCUAGGGUCAUCAUUUUGGGGAAUGGUUUUCAUACUUGCAUCUACAAACCUUCUCACUACAAGAAUUGCAGCUGGUUGCUUUAUAGUCGCGCUGAUUGUUGUCCUCUUUGUUGCUGAAAAUUGGACUCUUCGAGGACUGUGCAUAGGCUUUAUCAUAUUUCUUGCAAUUGUUUGGGUUUUACAAGAAACUACAAAGGUCCACAUUCUUCGCUAUGUCAUUUUGUUCAUAGGUGUAAUGAACAGCUUAUUUUCAGUUUAUGAUAUCUAUGAUGAUUUAAUAUCCCGAAGAGUCCACUCAAGUGAUGCUGAGAAAUUUGCUGAGAUUUGCCCUUGCCCUUGUAAUGGUGUUGGAUGGGGGGUUAUUUGGGGUCUGAUAUCAUUUGCGUUUCUAUGCGGAUCCAUUUACCUUGGUCUUGUUAUUUUAUCCUGAGGGUUCAAUUUUACAUGGAUUCUUGCCUCUCUGAAUAGGAUGGAGUGCUUUCAAGAGGUUCCUGUUGCUUGGAAAUUCAUGCUCAGAAAUUCAAAUUGCAUCAGGCUUACAAUUUUCCUCCUGCAUCAAUUAUGGAGUGAUGAAUGGCCUUAGCUGAUACAUGUCCUCCUGGAUCAAUUAUGGGGUGAUGAAUGGCCAUAGCUGAUACAUGCUUUUGUUCAUUAUUCUUUUAUGACACUAUUGACUCUCAUCCGACCUUUCAACAUUCAUGGGUCUCAAACACAGCUGAUCAUUCUUUUUUGCUAUAGAAUUAGUUUUGUACUUCUGAUUUGUUAAUGGUUUUUAAUCAAAGUGUUCCUGCAAUGAAUUAGUUUUUUUCCAAAUCAGAAUGCCCCAUCGCUGUGGAUGCCAAUAUUAACCAUAUGUUAUGCCUAAAAAAUGGAAAAUUAUAUCUUUUAUUGCUA